CGAAUAGCUAGUAGUCUGUCUCCACCAACCCCGCAGUUCCUGCCUGCCCACACUUCGCCCCUCCCCCCGCUCUUCAUCUGGCUUCUUUGACUUACGCCUGAGCCUUCUCUCCGGCCUGGAAACCUUACUCCCGCCCCUUUUGCGUGGCCCCAGCUUCAGCUCAGGGCUCUUUGUCACAGCUCCGCCCACUUGAGCACACCCUCCAGGAAAGGUUCCCUGUUCCUUCCCCACUCACGCUGGGUCUAAGCUGACUGAGAUGAACCAUCGGGAAGCCAAGGUCCUCCCAGCUGAGCACUGUUACCCAUCCCUGGGAACAUGGGCCUCAGAAGCUGGCGGUGUGAGGCUUUCUGUGCCACGCUCUAUCAGCAGGAGCCCAGCCAUGGUGAACGAGGGCAGCAGCAGUGGUAGCGAGAACUCCAAGGACAGUUCGAGAUGUUCCACCCCCAGCCUGGACCCAGAGCGGCACGAGAGACUCCGGGAGAAGAUGAGGCGCAGAAUGGACUCUGGUGACAAGUGGUUCUCUCUGGAGUUCUUCCCUCCUCGGACUGCUGAGGGGGCUGUUAACCUCAUCUCAAGGUUUGACCGGAUGGCAGCAGGGGGCCCCCUCUUCGUGGAUGUUACCUGGCACCCAGCUGGAGACCCUGGCUCAGACAAGGAGACCUCCUCCAUGAUGAUUGCCAGCACAGCAGUGAACUACUGUGGCUUGGAAACCAUCCUGCACAUGACCUGCUGCCAGCAGCGCCAGGAGGAGAUUACAGGCCAUCUGCACAGAGCCAAGCAGCUUGGCCUGAAGAACAUAAUGGCACUGAGGGGAGACCCUGUAGGUGACCACUGGGAAGCAGAGGAAGGAGGCUUCAACUGUGCCACAGACCUGGUGAAGCACAUCCGGAGCGAGUUUGGCGACUACUUUGACAUCUGUGUGGCCGGUUACCCCAAAGGCCACCCUGAGGCAGAGAGCUUUGAGGAUGACCUGAAGCACUUGAAGGAGAAGGUGUCUGCAGGAGCUGACUUCAUCGUCUCCCAGCUCUUCUUCGAGGCCAGCACCUUCUUCCAUUUUGUGAAGGCCUGCACAGAAAUAGGCAUCUCCUGCCCCAUCCUGCCUGGGAUCUUUCCUAUACAGGCUUACUCCUCCCUUCGGCAGCUUGUAAAGCUGUCCAAACUGGAGGUACCACAGGAGAUCAAGGACGUCAUCGAGCCGAUCAAAGACAAUGAUGCUGCCAUCCGCAACUAUGGCAUUGAGCUGGCUGUGAGCUUGUGCCGGGAGCUGCUGGACAGUGGCUUGGUGCCGGGCCUCCACUUCUACACCCUCAACCGUGAGGUGGCCACCAUGGAGGUGCUAAAGCAACUGGGCAUGUGGACUGAGGACCCCAGGCGUCCCCUGCCCUGGGCUGUCAGUGCGCAUCCCAAGCGCCGGGAGGAAUAUGUGCGUCCCAUCUUCUGGGCCUCUAGACCAAAAAGUUAUAUCUACCGCACACAGGACUGGGAUGAGUUUCCCAACGGCCGCUGGGGUAAUUCCUCCUCACCAGCCUUUGGGGAGCUGAAGGACUACUACCUCUUCUACCUGAAAAGCAAGUCCCCCAGGGAGGAGCUGCUGAAGAUGUGGGGUGAGGAGCUCACCAGCGAAGAGAGUGUCUUUGAAGUCUUUGAACAUUACCUCUCUGGAGAGCCAAACCAGCAUGGCCACACAGUGACCUGCCUGCCCUGGAACGAUGAUCCCCUGGCAGCAGAAACCAGCCUGAUGAAGGAAGAGCUGCUCCGAGUGAACAGACUGGGCAUCCUCACCAUCAACUCACAGCCCAACAUCAAUGGGAAGCCGUCCUCAGACCCUGUUGUGGGCUGGGGCCCUAGUGGGGGCUACGUCUUCCAGAAGGCCUACUUAGAGUUCUUCACCUCCCCUGAGACAGUGGAGGCACUUCUGCAAGUGCUCAAGAAGUACGAGCUCCGAGUCAACUACCACAUUGUGGAUGUGCAGGGGAAGAAUAUCACGAAUGCCCCCGAGCUGCAGCCCAAUGCUGUCACCUGGGGCAUCUUCCCUGGUCGAGAGAUCAUCCAGCCUACUGUGGUGGAUCCCAUCAGCUUCAUGUUCUGGAAGGAUGAAGCCUUUGCCCUGUGGAUCGAGCAGUGGGGUAAACUCUAUGAGGAGGAAUCCCCAUCCCGCAUGAUCAUCCAGUACAUCCAUGACAACUACUUCCUGGUCAACCUGGUGGACAACGAGUUCCCGCUGGACAGCUGCCUGUGGCAGGUGGUAGAAGACACAUUUGAGCUGCUCAACAGGCACACCACAAAGACAGCAGCUCAGGCCCCAUGAGCCUGCAUCCUGGCAUCGUCCUCUCCUGGAGCACCCCCUCUCAUCUCUCCACACAUGAUAAUGACAGCUAGACUGUCAGAAAGCAUCCAGGCUCUGGCUGGACCUGAGAUGCCCCAUUUCGGAGGCUCAUGCUCUCUGCUUAAGGUCAUGAGAUGAGAUUGACCUGAGCAGGGCCCAGCUAUGCCCAUGGCCGUGUCUAGCCCACUCCUGGGCUCCUGAGCGGGCACUCCUGCCAGCUGCCAUCCUCUCUGUUGAGCCUAGCCAACAAGCUGUCCUGGCACUCCUCCCCAGUCAGCCCUCAGGCCUUCCUACCUGGGGUAGUGACUGGCAGGUACAGAUGGCUGCUCCUGAGGUCUUGUUUGAGUCAGGGAGGGGGAGGAAGCUGUGCAUAGAGCAACUUAGGUAGAGCAGGGGAUUUCCUCUCCCCUUGUCUCCCAGGCCCAGGUGACUGCAGUGGAGAGAAGCCUUGGAGGGACUGAGCAGAGGCAGCCAGGAUGAGGAGGUCCUUUUAUUGCCGUCCCGCCCCCACCCCAGAGCUCUGGGAGCUGACCCCUCCAGCUGUGGACCUGUUCCUUCCCACAGAGGUCUAGGCUUGGCUCUGUUUAUUCCACAGCUGCUGCAUCUGGGCUGCUGUCAAGUGUUUCCAGGGCACAGGUGCUGCUGGUUCCUCUCGUGGGCUCCUGGCUACCAGGCGCUGGUACCACUUUUCAAAGGCCUGGAGGCAGGGAGGGACAAGAAAUGCUAUUUGUCUCAGGCUCCCUCCAGGGCCUGUACUGGGCCUGUCAGACUGACACCUGAGCUAUGCUCUGUGUCUCAACCAGAGGCCCUUUCUCUACCCUGGUAGCCAACCCACCCUAUCUCAGCCCAAAUAUACAGGCUCUGAAUAGACUGGACUUGUAACCUGGGAAGCUGUGCCCAGUGACCUGCAAAUGAGAAGCCUGUGUUUGACCCAGGCCCUACCGGGACCAGCAUGGGCAGCAGGUGCCACAAACAGCCUGGUUCUCAGAUUGAGUGACUGUGACACUGGGCUGGGCUUAAGGCCACCAGUCAAGGGCUCUAAUGUCGAGGCUGUGUGCUCUGUAACCACUGACCAACUUCCUGAAUGAGGAGCCCUCCUGUCUGAGCAGGGACAAGCCCUCCCCCGCAUGGCUCUCCCCAAAGGUGACACGGGUUUUGGAAGGCUGGCUAGUGAAGGGAGGUAGAGCCACCUGGGAAAGGACCCAGAUGUCUUCCUGCUGGUGCAACCGUCGGGCCACCUGCAGCUGAAGGACCUUUUUCCGCCAUGUCCUCCAGGCCCGGUCCAGGUGCCAUUGUCUGAGCUACAGAGAGAGGUGACAGAAAAACCCUCUGCCAUCCUGGCAGCCCUGGUCCUUCUACAUCUGCCAUCCCAGGGUGAAAGGGAUGUGACAGGGGCCAUCAUCUAGGAAAUGUUAGCAGACAAGGACCCCUGAGCCCCAUCCCCAAGGCUUUGGACCACACUGAGAUGCAGUUAGUGUCUAGAGUUUGCCAAGGGAUGAGAUGAAUGAGAGAGAAGUUGCUCCCAGGGCCUCUGCAGGGUAGAGAGGAACUGAGCCUACCUACCAGGGUCCGAGACAGCUGCUCCAGCCAGUGAACAUCUACCCAGCGCUGCCAUGCCCUUGCCAGACACCUGGCCUGCUGGGAAGCCUGGAACUGCCAACACUGUAGGUACCUGUUCCUGCAGGCCAAGCACAUCACAACCUCUACAAGGUGAAGAGCAAGAGCCCCAGAGCCAUCCUGCUGGGGUCACCCAGUCACUGGCCUGAGAGGACCACCCCUCCCCCAUGCACAUACAAAGCUGAUCCUGCCCUAGCCACCUUUGGGGAGCCUCGCCUUGGCCCCGGAGGGCCCUGGUCUCAGAGCUGCAGAGCUCGCCUAGUCCUGUAGGGAGCUGUGCCCAUGCAGGCAGCGGCAGCCAGAACUGGAAGGUUGGGCAGAGGGGUCUCUCUCUGUCACCUGGAGAGGAGAAUUGUGUCAAGGGAGGAUAAUGCCUUGGUUUGGGAGAGCAGUGGCCACCCUCAGGUCUCCAGGUUGUGGGCUGGCCCGAGGAGCUAAUGGCAGCGGAAGGGAAUGGUCCAGACAGCUGUGAACAGGGGCAGUGUUCCACAGGGCUUGGCCUGAGGGCUGGGACCAGGGACUCAGCUCCUUACUCAGAGCACAGGAUGGGGUCCUCUGUAUGCCUCUUCCAUGCUGCCGUGCCAGGCUGGGCAACACAUUCGGUAGACCAGGUGUCCAGCAGCUGUGGCUCUGAGGGAACAGCAGGGGAGCAAGGAUCAAACGCAGUGGGCUUGAGCAUGCUGACCAGGAGGGACUCCUGCCCCCUGUGUGCAUAAGGGGGUGUCUCUCCCAGGCGUUCCAAGACCCUCCAGAGGAGGCAAGCCACUAGGACAUGGCUUGUGCUGCCUCUGACCAUUCUCCCAUCUGGCUGAAGACAGCUAAGCAGAGACUGGCCCAAUGAUAGCUGCCCUGUGGUGGAGCUCAGGCCAUCCCUGAGAGCUAAGUCAUACUCCUGACUUAAGCUUUAGGACAUUGCUGAAGCCUUGCCUCUCAGAUGUGGCCUGAGGGCUGAGCUCCCAACUAAUACAACAUAUAUGGGUGACUCCCUGCCACCACAGGAUGGCUCACCACCUGCACAUGUUGCCAGGUGUGGGCUACCUUGUGAGUGUGCCUGUGGUAAAGAGCAGGGCCUUGGGUACCACUCUCAGUGUCUGCUUUAUUUCUAGAAGCCCCAGUGUAUGAGAGCACAGUGUAUGGGAACCUGGCCAUUACUGCGAGAAUGAAGUAUGUAUACUUUUAAAGGGUGGCAGUAUCCCCGUGAAAUUUCACUACUCAAGAGGCUGAGUUGAAACAACUUGGGCUAUACAAGCUGGGUCUACAAAGCCCUGAAAAUCUGCAAGUAAAAGCAUGAGACCCUAUAAUCUGCCAUUGCCCUCGGCCCAUGCCUGGGAGUUCUGAAACCCAGCAACACUAUGGCAAUUCCAUUUAAAAGGCAAAAGCCACUUUGGUGGUUUUCUUAGGCUCUUUCUAAAGUCAAUUCUGUUCUUUCUGAAGCAGGACUCCUGGUGAUGCCGAGUUGUCCUUAGGAACACUGCCCGGCCUGUCAGGAUCAUGGGCUGGUCCCUCAGCUAAUCUCAGACUGCUGGGCAGUGCUGUUUCUUGCCCCUGGCAUUUGUGAUGCCCUCUUCACUCCUGCUAGGCCAUAAGCCCCUCAUUGUUACGUCAGAGCUAAGGACUUCUGGGUCCCAUUUUCAUACAAAAAUAAAAACCUACUUUCUACUUUAUUUUCUGUAAUGGGCACAUUUCAUUUUUUUCCAAUAAAACUAAAAUUGCUGCUGUC